ACUGUGACCGGGAAAUGAUUACAAGAAAGAGAAAGAAUAAGGAUGGUGCAAGUAGCAGUGGAACAAUUAAUAAGUCUGAUGACCUUUUUAGCUCGCUUCCAGAUAAUGUUUUCACUGUCAUCUUUUCGUUCCUGACUAUGAGAGAAGCUUUCUAUGCAUGUAUUUCAUGUAAGAAACUAAAGCAUUUGGUGACCCUAAUACCAUAUGUUGAAUUCAAUGAGAAGGAAAAUGAUUGUUUCACUGAUAAGGAAGAAUUUGUGCAAAGUGUUUCAAGGUUCCUGCAAAAUCAUGGUUGUCUGGUUAAGAAAUUUGAGCUAGCAUUCGAUCCUCUUGGAAAAGUAUAUAGUAGAUCUGUUUCUGAUUGGCUCUCUUCUUUUGCCAAAAAAGGUAUUGAAGAGGUAGAUCUAAUGUUGGGCGGCACGAAAAACUUUAAAUUUCCUUCAUCUCUUUUAACUGCUGCAACUUUAAAAGUGUUGAAGUUGAGGAAUUUUACUGUGGAUGAAACAUCUAUUACUGGUUUCAAGAACCUGAAAUCUCUUCUUCUUGAAUCAAUGAACGUCCCCGAUAGUGUGAUGGGCUUAAUUACUUUCCAUUGUGAGUCACUGCAGCACUUGACCCUGGACAAUUGCUCAGGUUUUACUGAGAUUAAAAUUGUAGAUCCCAGGAGCAAUAUUGAAACAUUGAUACUGAUAAACUGCUGCAUCGAUGAUUUCUUUUGGCUGAACGUUGUAAGUCUCAAAAAGCUAGUCAUUCGACAGAGAAUUAUGAACUUCUUAGUUCAGGGUUCACCACAUGUCGAUAACCUUAUCCUGUAUCGAGGAGCAGAGCUUCCAAUUACCUGGCAAGAAUCUGAGAGAGUGAAGGAGCAUAUAAUUGAGAGCCUUGGGAAUGUAAAGUCUUUGCAACUAGGUGGCUGGGCUUUUGAGUGCCUUGCUGGACAUUGGUCGACUCACCAGUUCACAAAGCUAGAGGAGAUUCUGCUUCUUGAUUUCAAUGUCUGCCUAAAGAAUACGGCUGCACUCACUAAACUGAUCAGCCAAGCAGUUGGUGUAAACAAAUUGCUUAUAUCGAUAAAUCAAAACUCUGCUGGAGAUCAUGGAAUUUAUACUGAUCGCAACUUUGAGAGUGUCCUUGCAAACUUUUCAGACGAUGAAUACGAGAAGCAGCCCAGAAUUGCCUUAAGCAACAAUAGCAGUCUCGGAAACAGCACAAUCCGUGUUGUUAAAAUCCUAGGUUUUACAGGAACAAUUUACGAGUUAUGUCAUAUUAAGUUUAUGCUGGCACACUUUCGGCUCCUGAGGCUCUUUAAAGUGACUCCGAUUAAGGAUAUAGAUGUAGAUGAAGACCAAAGCCGCGCCUAUGCAGAGCUUAUAUCAAGCUAUCCUAGGGUUUCUGCAGAUGUGGACAUUCUAAUGGGAUCUGAGGAGUUUAAUUUGGAAAACUAAAAAAGCUUGAUAUAUGGUAGCUAUCUCUUUCUAUCUAUUCCUAAAUAUAAAACUUCAGUUUAAUGGUUUGGAAGCUUUGUGUACCAGCACUGUGUUUAUUACAUUUCAAUUCUCUUUUAAGAGAAUAAAUUAUAUUUUUCAAAUAGGGUUUUCAAAUUAUAUUUAGCUCCCCAGCAUCUAGAAGAUGUUGAUAUGGGAAAAAGAGAACCCUAAGGUUGGGGAGAGAACCCUACUAUCAAGAGAACAAGAAGAACUCUUAGAGACCAUUGAUA